GCCAUUGGACGCCCACACAUGCCAGCCUACUGGUCUCUGGGAUUUCAGCUCUCCCGCUAUGGUUAUAACAGCAUCGAUGUUUUAAAGCAAACUGUUGAUCGCAUGCACCACUAUGAUAUCCCAUACGAUGUCCAACAUCUUGAUAUCGACUACAUGGAACGUCGCUUGGACUUUACCUACGAUAAAGUGAAUUUUGCCGGUCUGCCAGAGUUCCUCAAGGAACUGAAGAAGAAAGGAAUGCACAGUGUUGUGAUUCUGGACCCUUUCAUAGCCAAGGAUGAGGAGCCAGGCACUUACAGACCUUAUGAUCUUGGCCAGGAAAUGGGAGUCUGGGUGAACAACUCUGAUGGUGUAACUCCUGCUGCUGGGAAGGCGUGGCCUCCCGGAGAGUCUGUGUAUCCUGACUACACCAACCCCAGGACAGCGGAGUGGUGGACCCAGAUGUGCGUGGAGUUUAAGGAUGUCCUUGACUACGAUGGGAUCUGGAUUGAUAUGAACGAACCCUCAAAUUUUGGAAGAGGCCAGAAUCCUGGGUGUGCUGAUAAUGAAAUCAAUAACCCUCCCUACAUUCCUAAAAUUUCUGAUCGGUCCCUGGCACAGAUGACAUUGUGUCCUGACUCCAAGACUUACCUUGGAGAUCAUUAUAACACACACUCUCUCUUCGGCUGGUCAGAGACAAAACCAACUUUCGAUGCUGUCCAGCAGGCAACUGGCAAGCGAGCCUUUGUCUUGAGUCGGUCCACAUUCGUUGGCAGUGGGAAGCACGGUGGUCACUGGCUGGGUGACAACUACUCCCAGUGGAAGGACCUGCGCCGGUCAAUCGUUGGAAUCCUGGAAUUCAACCUCUUUGGCAUUCCCUAUAUUGGUGCUGAUAUCUGUGGGUUCAACUAUAACACUUCCUAUGAACUCUGCCUGCGCUGGAUGCAGCUUGGCUCCUUCUAUCCAUUUUCCAGAAACCACAAUGGACUGGGACACAAUGAGCAAGACAGUGUUUGGAUUGGAGAUGAGUUUGCCAAGAUCUCCCGUGCUGCCCUUCGCAUCAGAUACUCACUGCUGCCAUACUUGUACACCUUGUUCUACGAGUCUCACGUUCACGGGAGCACAGUGGUGCGCUCACUGAUGCAUGA